CUGAUCUGACCUGGCUGGCAACAACAACAGUCAUAGCGCACAGAAAUUCGCUAGGGAAGGGGUUGAGGAACAAAACAAUGACAAAGCUAGGAAGGAUUCAAUGCAAUAAUAUAUUUUAAAGUCUCCCGAAACGGAUUGGGCUAUUUUUCUUUGUAUGCUUUUUUUGACCGACCAGUUGUUAUCCUAGCAUUCGGCUAUAAUAUUAUUGACAACCGAGUUUACCAAAACUGUCUAGCUUGGAUAACACAGCUAGCUAGCCAGCCAGCUAAUGUUAGCUGUUUCAGACAGGGGCGAUUGUGAUUUGUUUUCGGUGUUUUGUUGAUCAGAACUCGUAGUUUGUCACAUUGACAUUGGAAUAACGUUAUUUUAAACUAGCUAACUACGUUAGUUGGCUAACUAUUGUUUAAAUGUCAAGCUACAGGAAGCUAACUUACUAGCUAGCUUUUUUUUAGGCAGCUGUCAGCUAGGUUAUUUUAUUUUCGAGCUAGGUAGCAAUUAGGAAGCUAGCUAACAAGGGAAGUAAUUUAUGUUUGAUUCUAAACAGCUUGCUAGUUUUCCCAGCUGUGGUUUCAAGUUGGUGCCAGUUUGCACAUAUUCAUGUUAGUGUGGUUAGAUAUAUGUUUCAGGGAAGUUGUCUUGCCAAACAUUUGUUUUAUUGCAUACAUUGAGUUUCCAGCUUUACUUUGCUGUAACGUAUUUAUUCUGGCAGUGUUAUAAUGUUCAUGAAGCCAGUUAUAACCGUAAUGUAUGUUGUUGUCAAGAGCAGGUUGACUUAAAAUAGCCAGAACAAACAUUCAACCAUAUUGCCUCACAGUAUUAUAUUUGCAAUGUGUCACAUAUUGACGUUUUUGUAUUAAAUGUAUGGAAUGCUGCAGUAAUUGUUGGCUAAUAAGCUGUAAAAAAUUGUAGAGGAUCUUGAACCUUUACAGGUCAAUUGGAACACUGUCACCAUGCAACCCUGUUAAGUCUACUUACAUCAAGUUGUCUAUGUUCUAGGUGUUGUGUAGGUGUAGCCUAUAAAGCACACAAUAUUUAAUACUAAGGUCAAGUGUUAUCACUGAAACUACUUAAUUGAUAUUUAUUUACUCUUCUUUUGGGACUAUUUGGCGUUAUAGUCAUAUUACUCCAGCUAGCAUAAAACUGUUCAGAUUUGGCUUGUGAAGGAAAAAUGAGUGGUCAUGGUUCAUCAGAAAAGGAAAUUAACACCAGUCUAAUUUGUCAAGAGAGUUAUGCUUGUGGGGGCUCAGAAGAGGCUGCUUUUGAAUGUGAUGAAUGUAGAAGCUUGCAGUGUGUUCGCUGUGAGCAGGAACUCCAUAGUCAAGAGGGCCUGCAGAACCAUGAACGGGUAGCGAUAGGUCCAUGGCAUGUACCCUACUGUGACAACUGCAGAGGGAAGGAAAGGACAGUGAAUGGCCGCCGCCACAGGUCUGUCGUCCGCUGCCAGAACUGCAAAGUCAACUUGUGCCAACCGUGUCGGAAAAGCACCCACAAUGGAGGUAACAAGAAGAAGCACCCACUCACUGCCUAUCCUCCUCCACCCAAACCUGCAGAGCUCAACUCAACCCCUCCACCCAAACCUGCAGAGAUCAACUCAACCCCUCCACCAAAAUCUGCAGAGCUCAACUCAACCCCUCCACCCAAACCUGCAGAGAUCAACUCUACCCCUCCACCAAAACCUGUUGAAGUCAAAUUAACCCCUCCACCAAAACCUGUUGAAGUCAAAUUAACCCCUCCACCCAAACCUGCAGAGAUCAAUUUAAGCUUAUUGGUAGAUGAGGCAGAAAUCCAGAAGGCAAAACUUCUGGAGAAAGUCUGCAGUUUUCUUCUGGUUGAUGCGAAUGAGGAGAUGCAGGUAAAGGACGAUGGCGAGUUUGUGAAGAAAUUGAACUGCAAGCCUGACAAGCUGAUCAAGGUGGUGUCCAUCUUUGGCAAUACAGGAGAGGGCAAAUCCCACACUCUGAACCACACUUUCUUCAUAGGCAGGGAGGUGUUCAAGACCUCCCCCACGCAGGAGUCCUGCACAGUGGGGGUGUGGGCGGCAUUCGACCCCAUCCACAAGGUGGUGGUCAUUGACACAGAGGGCCUGCUGGGCAACAGCUCCAACCAGGGCCAAAGAACACGUCUUCUUCUCAAGGUGCUAGCUAUCUCCGACCUCAUAAUCUACCGUACCCAUGCUGACCGCCUCCAUGACGACCUCUUCAAGUUUCUGUGCGAUGCGUCAGACGCCUACCUGAAGCAUUUUACUAAGGAGCUGAAGGCCACUACGGCUCGCUGUGGCCUUGACGUGCCUCUGUCUACCCUGGGUCCGGCCGUCGUCAUCUUCCAUGAGACCGUCCACACCAAGCUGCUGGGCUCAGACAACUCAUCAGAGUCUGUAGAUCGGUUGCUACUUGAGCGGUUCAGGAAGCUAGGCCGUUUCCCAGAGGCAUUCAGCUCCAUCCAGUACCGAGGCACGCGUACCUGCAGCCCCCCAACAGACUUUGGUGUCCUGCAGCGCACCCUGGAGCAGCUGCUGGACAACAACGCCACCCGCUCCCCUCGCUCCCCAGUCGUCAUCUUCAAAGCCUUGCAGGCCCUGAGUGAGCGCUUCAAUGGGGAGAUCUCUGAUGAGCUCAUAGCCCACAAUUGCUUCUUCCCCGAUGAGUACUUCACCUGCUCCUGCCUCUGCCUCAGUUGCGGCUCUGGCUGCAAGAACAGCAUGAACCACCUUGGGGAGGGGGUGUGUCAUGAGGCCAAACACCGCUGCCGUUACUCACCCCAAUACGACAAUCGCAUCUACACCUGUAAGGCCUGUUACGAAGGGGGAAAGGAAGUGGUGGUGGUUCCCAAGACCUCUGCGUCCUCAGACUCUCCUUGGCUGGGCCUUGCUAGAUACGCUUGGUCAGGGUACGUGAUUGAAUGUCCAAACUGUGGGGUGAUCUAUCGGAGCCGGCAGUACUGGUAUGGGAACCAGGACCCAGUGGAUACAGUGGUCCGCACUGAAAUCCAGCAUAUAUGGGCUGGGGCAGAUGGAUUCCUGAAGGACAAUAGCAAUGCAGCACAGCGUCUGCUGGAUGGUGUUAACUUCAUGGCCCAGUCUGUGUCAGAGCUCAGUGUGAAGCCUGCCAAGGCUGUCACCUCCUGGCUAACGGAUCAGAUCGCACCGACCUACUGGAAACCCAACUCCCUCAUCCUGACAUGCCUUAAGUGCCAAGAGGUAUUCCAAGACAACGAUACCAAGCAUCACUGCCGUGCCUGUGGGGAAGGGUUCUGUGACACAUGCUCGUCCAAAGCCACACCUGUCCCAGAGAAAGGCUGGGGUCUGGCCCCCGUGAGAGUCUGUGACACCUGUUAUGAGCAGAGGGCCACACAUACAGAGCUGUUGCAUGCAGAGGUUGAAGAUGAGGAAGGUGGAAACCUAGCCAGGAAGGUUGGAGAAGCAGUGUCAAACACACUGGGUGCCGUGGUUACUGCUAUUGACAUCCCACUGGGUCUGGUCAAGGAUGCUGCGCGUCCCACCUACUGGGUGCCUGACCAGGAUAUCCUCUCUUGCCACAACUGCCAGUGCAGCUUCACUGCCAAGUUGUCCAAGCACCACUGUCGCGCCUGCGGGCAAGGCGUGUGUGAUGAGUGCUCGCUGGAGCGUCGUCCGGUCCCGUCGCGGGGCUGGGACCACCCCGUCCGUGUUUGUGCUAACUGCAACCAGAAACCAGGAGACCUUUAACGGGGCUGGCCCUCUUCCCUUACAACACUGGACUGAACCACCUCUUAACCCUCCACCCACCCCUUAUAGACCUCCAUUAAAUGGUUCUGUCCCGUGUCUGUGGCAAGUGUGUUUUUAGUAAAUCUAGUUUUAGGGUUUCUGAUGCCUUGUGGAACAACAGGCACAUCUAUGUAAUUUGUCCUUAUCAAAAGAGUGAGCCAGGAAGAUAUUUUGAACUCAUUUACCCAAAUCACAGCUUUUUAAAAAUUGUUUAAAAAUAUUUUUCUACCAUGGAAAAAAAGUAAAUUUUUAGCAUGUUAGCAAUGUUAUUUUCUUGAGAACCCUGGGGAGGGGGUUAGUUUUAAUCAAUACUUUCCAUAAGGCCUUGUUUUCUGAUGUUACUACUAAUGUUGAGGGGAUAAUGGUGUCAGUGAAGUCCCUGCUGCAGGUUAAUUGCAUGCUCUACUCCACUAUUUUAGGUUUGCUCUAAGUCUGUUGCAGCUUUACAAAGCUGCUGCUUAUGGCCAGAAAAAAACAAAAAAACAAAGAUUUGACUUAGAUUUGAGCAUGCAUGAGCACCCAUAUCCCAUUUUUCAACCAGUCUGUCAAGUUGGUCAACUUUAGAUUUAGGAUAUUUGGUCUGCAAAUAGCCUUUUGGGUUACUGCUUCUGUUGACACUAACUUCAUAUUUAUUUCAGAGGUUAUGGUUCUAUGAAGACAUGGAAUUAUGCUAGAAGAAUGUGAAUUCAGGAUUUUAGACACUUUGUUUUGUAGAAAACAAUUGUUUAGCUUGAGUCUGAAAGAUGCAUAGCCUUUGAGAUGUUCAGAGGGUCUGGUGAUCUCUGAAGAAAUCAAUACCUAACCUCAUUGUUAUAUUUUAACUUAUACUGGGUGGUAUUUUUGUAAUGUAUCUGACAAUUUCUGUUACUUGAGGGUAUACACAUGAUGUGCAUUAUGCACCUAGAAUUUGAAUGGUGUGGCAGUUACUACCGUUUGUUUGAAUCUUGUUUGAUCACCAUAGGCUGGUGGGACAAUGAACUCAGCAUUUGUUUUCAGCCCUCUGCUUCUGUGGCUUUAUUUGUCAUCCAUGUUACAGAUUGCAGUGUCAAAUAGAUUGCAUGCUCAUUCUUUCAUAUUAGUUUGUGCUUUUUAAUAAUUGAGAGAUGAUAUGCUAUAUGUAGACAGUAAGUCAUAAGUUAGUUUAAUGUGGUUUUAUUUCUGAAUACUGUUAUUGGUAUAUUGGAGUUCAAUUUCUUUCUUGACUGGAAUCGGUUGUCCUUCAUUCAUACAACACGUGGAUAUGCACAGUCAGCUAGCAUUUAUACCUUAACCAUUUCACUUCUUUGAUGGUUAGAUGAAUAAGAGGCUGAAAUGUCAGAACCCAGGGAACAAUAUUACCUGGAUACAUGCCAACCAAGCAUAUAGAAUGUUUAUUUCUAUUAUCUGUGUUUGGAAAAAAAGAAAAUUAAGAAAAAAAAGGUUGUCCUGUAAGCAUUUAAGAUAAUUGUCAUUUUGUUAGAUUUGUAUUUUAUUUUUGCCCUUUUGUCUAAGCUGUAACCCUAGAUAGUGAGGUAUAGAAAUUACGAUGGAAUCUGCCUUGUCUGCUGUCAAAAUGUUUAUCUGAUUGAAUGAUGUCAUUGUAUGAAAUUAAGUCAUGUCUGUGUUGCUAAUUUUGCACAGAAUAAUAACCAGGAAUGUCAGCUAUGUCCCCAUCUAGUCCUUUGUUUUCCAAACCUAUUGCUUGAGAGAGACCUUUGUGACCGAAAUGAUAAUGGAUUGAGUUCUCGAAUCGACACUCCUAAUGCACAGACAAGAAAGAGGUAUGAAACACUAUGUUAUGCUGUUAUUGAACAUAGAUCGUGAGAAAGUGUGGAUGUCUGCAUAUUGACAAUGUCCAUAAGUGGUGGAAUAACUAUAUUAUUAAAGUCUUAUCAGCUCA